UUCAUUGAAUGGUAUAGUUAUAUUUUGUAAUUAGAAUCUAUUGAACUGCAACACGCUACACGAACGUAGUUAAAAUUACCCUAGUCAUUUUUAAUAGCCAAAACAACAAAAAACAUCCUUGCUGUAGUCGUCCAUUUCGAAAUAUUACGAAACGGAACGUCACGUUAAUGUUUAAAUUAAUUUAAUUUAUGUUUUAUUAAACGCAGCAAAGAAGUAUUGCUGCGUAUCGAAUAAAAGUGAUUUUUAAAAGAUUUAGUCAGUACAUUACGUAUGUACAUCACCGAUGCAUGUAAACAUAACCUAAAACGAUAAACAGUAACUAAUUUCUAUCGAAACUAUUAUCGAUAUCUGAUUGUGUUAUUACAUUUUAUUACGAUGAAUUUGCCAAGGCUAUUAAUAGUUAGCACAGAACAAGGAAAAGCUAACGAAAUUGCUACUAGUAUAGGAGCAGAACGAUUAUCCAACCAAGAUUAUUUCGAGUAUUAUCUGUGGAAUAUUCAGAACAAAUAUUACAGAGCACAAGUGUUAGUGUGCGUUACGGAAAAUCCAUCUCCUCAUAUUUCAACUGAUGGUGUAGAAGCUUUAAUUGUGCAUCACAACCCACAGGCAGAAAAUGCAGAGCACAAUUUAAAACAGUGGUCUUCUUUAAUUACUUCUUUAACGGAAGCAGAAGUAUUAUUAUUCUCUUGUAAUUUUAUAACGGAUGCUCUUAUCAGAGAUAAAGUGAUACAAUGGUGUUUACAAAAAAAGUUUGAAUUGAUUGAAUUAAAUAGACCAGACCAGGAUGCUUCAGAUUCUGAUUUCGAACAUAACAAACACGGCAUCGAAAGGAUCGUCGAAGCUCUACACGCUCAUAUGUGGCCUAACAUGAUACUCAAAGGGAAAUCAUCGAGUUCCGAAGGUCAAGGCUCUGAUAUGGACGAAGUCGAAGAGCAAUUCGAAAAUACUAAACUGAGCCAGGAUACUGUGGAGAGACUACCGAUGGAGAAUAUGCUGGAUGGAAUUAUGGGGGAAGAAAGCGCAGAUUUCGGUGAAUUAUUUUGCCAGCUAAUGGCUAUGAAAGUACACGCGGCAUCGCUACCGACUAACCAGAGACGAAUAGCAGCCGAACAAUUAGUCACUGCUUUCUGGAAAGCGAUGGGAGGUGAUCCUUCAGAAACUGAAUUAGAUUAAUUUAUGCAUUAAUUAUAUAAUGCGUAUAGACACGUACUGCACACACAUAAUUGCUUAUGGAAUCGUUCUGAUAUAUGGCUCUGAAUUAAAUCGUAAUAUAAUUGCAAUAUAUGUAAGAUACAGAACAAAAACAUAGAAUUGCACAUGUCAAGUGAUAGGUUCUUUUAUCAUUAUUUAUAUAAACUUAAUGAAUUCUCUUUUACCACUGACAUCUCUAAAUUAAAUAUCGUAUAUAUAAAAUCAAUUUAAAGUUAAUUAUUAUCUCGUCAAGUUUAAAAUUUAGGGUGGCAGUUAUUUAUCUGCAAUUGAAUAUUUAUACCCAGUAAUGGAUUUUCGACUUUUCGAUGAAUUGGUAGGCAUCAGUCCCUGUAUGAAAUUUGAAAGAUUUCCUACUACAUUCAACCAAGUUAUAUUUAAAAAUCUAAUCCAAUUUUAGGAAAAAAGGACUUUCAAGUUUUGAAUUUUUAUUUUCGAAACUAAGUGUCGUAUGAAUAAACUGUAAAUAUAAAAAUG